CCGUGUGGUUGGAAGGAACUAGCAUCCGCAUAGCGUGCUGUGCCAUCUGGGUGGUCGCCACCGUGUGGUCCAGCUUCCCCCUCUUUGGCUGGGGCGAGUACGUUCCCGAGCCUUAUGGACUGUCCUGCACCAUUGCCUGGAGGGGUUAUCACACCUCGGCAAAGGACGCCUUCUACGUCAUCUGCUCCUUCGCCUGCUUCACGCUGGUCCCUGUGGUCCUCAUCGUGGUGUCCCAGUGUCAGAUCCUCUACAAGGUGUCCAGCUUCGCCUACUCGCUGUCUGCCAGAGGCAUCCGCAACAACCUGCGGCAAACUGAAAAACGGCUCUCCAUGAUGUUUUUCUGCAUCAGCCUGGGUUUUGUAAUCGCCUGGGCUCCGUACGCCAUUGUGUCCUUCCUCUUCAUUUUCCACAAGGACCACAGGUACAUGGCUCCUGAGGGUUUCGUUUUCCCGGCCCUCUUCGCCAAAAGCUCCCACAUCUACAACCCCUUCAUCUACUUCUACUUCAACAAGACCUUUCAGCGGGAGCUGCGCUGUCUGCUCCUCUCACUCUGCCCUAAGCUCGGGGGGAACCGAGUGGGGGUCCACAACAGUGCGGGCCAUCAAGCCCCAAUCCCCAUCCACAUUCAGCUCCAGGAACGGGGCCGCAUCCAAAAGAGGAACUUUGGCUUGUCUCAGGACAGAACUCACAGUAAGACCAAGAGCAAAGACAAACUGACGUACGCCAGUGGCAACCAUUUCCACCAUCAGCCAGUGUAUGUCUGCUGGGCGUCCACAUCGAAAACCACCCCCAUUCACUUGGACAAUAAACUUGACAAAGACUGCCUACCUGUCUCUAUAUGA